AGAGUGCUAAAAACACUGUGAAAUUCACGCUAGUAAUCAGCCACCAGUUGGUCUGCAACCUGCCCCACCGGCUCCGCAGCUUCCUCUUCGUGCUGCUACCCCACCUCGGGCAAAGGGGGAGACUUUAUUUAACGCGCUUUGCAUCCCACGGCCUCGUUCUGUUCACUCAGUCGGGCUUUGUCUGCUACCUCGUCACCACCAGCAUCUGCAAUAGCAGUAGCACCGAGACAUGCCGCGGGCCUUCCUCAUCACCCACCGAAGGUACAACAACCACCCCGUCGAGCAGAAAGAGAGCAGUCCUGAGCGAACUGUGAGUCUCGCUGAGCAGCACGCCACCACCCCGCAGCUUCACCUUCCGUUGUACCCUGAGCAACCAGCCACCAUGCCUGUACUCGUGAGCCAGCACCACAUUCCAGAACGACCUGAUCCCUACCCUGAUCUUCCGGAAGACCUUUCGAAGAGUUCUACGUCCACUCCUGUUUCACCACCGUCCCCACCCUGUGUCGAGAUACCCAGGGUGCCAAUCAGGGAUGAUCCAGAGAGCCUCUACAACCUGACUCAACUGGCAGAAGUCAGCCUGUUGCACCCUGACCUCCACGGCUGUCCUGACUGUGGCAAAAGGUACAGCACAUCAAGCAACCUUGCAAGGCACCGUCAAACUCACCGCUCCCUUGAGGACAAGAAGGCUCGGCGGUGUCCUCAUUGCGACAAAGUUUACGUGUCAAUGCCGGCUUAUUCAAUGCAUGUCCGCACGCACAACCAGGGCUGCAAAUGCCCCUUUUGUGGCAAGUGCUUCUCCAGGCCAUGGCUGCUUCAGGGACACAUAAGAACUCACACAGGGGAGAAGCCAUUCCGAUGCAACGUGUGCAGCAAAGCUUUCGCCGACAAGUCCAAUCUGCGGGCGCACGUACAGACGCAUUCAAACACCAAACCCUUCAUCUGCGGUCGCUGCGGCAAAGCCUUUGCCCUUAAGUCGUAUCUUUACAAGCACGAGGAGUCCUCUUGCAUGAAACUGAAUAGAACACAGGAGGCUUCGAGCAGCAGUGGCAGCAGUUCUGGAGGGUCUUCACCGCCGUCGCCACGACCUGAGACUGCAGGACUGUGUUCCGGCGGGGAAGGCAUUCGGCCGGUGUUUACCCAUUCUGGUCACAUCGGAAUGCACCUAGCAAGCCAGACUAGGAAUGUUGGAAUUAUGGCUUGAGCACAAUUCAGAUUAAUUAUUAUUCUUGUAUGCUCUUGAUCUAUCUUCCCUAAUAAGGUUCUCGCAGUGGGAUGACUGCACUAAUUUACAGCGUGAUUGCGGUUAUUGAAUCAAAUAAAUCAAAGGGGUAAUUUAGAAACUUGACUUAUUGAAAUGAAAUUCUCAAAAAUUGCUCCUAUUUUUGUGUUAAAAUUUUUAAAACAAUUGACCAAUCUGAAUAUUCAGCUAUGCCAGCAGAUAUUAUGUAUUUAUCGUAUUUAUAAUUUUAAGUAGAUUCUAAUAUGAGAAAUGUUAUCGGAGAAAAAUCAGUGUGAUGCUGUGAGCAAAACAUCAUAAUGAAGUCUAAACAAAUUCUGCCUAUGCUUGUUAGGCACUUAAUAUAACAGUAUUUAAAAUCAGAAUUAAUUCAUUAAUUUAAUCAGUUUUAAUACUACCAAAUGAUGACCAAUAUACGGGUUUAUAUUUUUAUAGCUUCCAGUUAUAAUGCCAAAAGUGACUAACCUAAAAUUAAAUGCGACUAGAAUUUGUGGCUUCUUCCUAAGAUGUAACAUUAUUGUUAAAAAUUUAAAAUUCGUAUUAGGUAUUGGCUUAUGACCAAAUGUGCCUUAUAAUGUCAGUCGUGAAAGCAUUGCAAUUAAAUUGCUAAAAGGAUAUUUAAUUAAAUUUGUGUUCUUAGUCUGAAAAUGGUGAAAUAUUUUAAAGUGGAUUUUAUACAUCAAUUUUAGAUAAAAAAAAAUUCUCAUGUUAUUUAACUGAGAUCUAUUGCGGUAAACUGGUACUUAAACAUUGUAGCUAGGAAAUCGUGUAAAUAACUCAUUUGAAAGGAUUCAGAAAUUAAUUAUGAUUCCUUCAUUCUCCCCUUAUUUGAACCCUCCGAAUUGUAAAAAAUAUAUGUUUUGAACAAUAGACAAACUAUUUUAAACAGAGUGAACAGCUCUAGUCUUUGAUAUAGAAUAGUCCAAUUCUUGUUCUGCAUGCUAGUCUACGAGUAGGCAAACGGUUUCUGGUUUUUGUGUAAUUUUAAGGAAAGCAAUGGAUGAAUAGUGUAAUUGACUAGUCAAUCUGUAAAUACGUCGAUUUAGUUAGUCGUUCAAUACCGACGCACAGCGUUUUGAUUAUUAUAUUUUUACUCUCCAGACUGAUUUGUACUUUGUAUAUUAAAUUUAACAUUUUCUUCUCAAAUUGAUAUUAUGCUAUCUUUAAAUUUGUCACUUGUGUUGUGAAUCAAUAAACUUCUUAUUGAAAAUAUA